CCUAGACUUUUUCCUAGAACCCUUUGGAGACUUCUCCACCCUCCUUAAAUUCUCCCAACAUCAUCGCUAUCAGCCCAGGAAGCAUCACAAAGAAAUUAAUCAACCUCAAAUUCAAAACCCAUCAAUAUGGCCUUGGCUCGUUUGGCUUUGAGGAGUCUGCAACAGAGGGUUCCCUCUUCUUCUUCUUCUUCUUUGCUGAGCCCUAGUCUCAGUGAGAGAGCUCUGAAUGGACAGAGGUGGGGGCCGGAGAUUGUGAAGAGGUUCUCAGCAACGCCUGAUGCUGCCUCUGACAAGCCAUCCGGUGAGAAAACAGAGGUUGCUGUUUCUGAAGGUGACAGAAAGUCCAAGCUCUUCCCCAGGAAGCAGAGGAAGAGGAGCCUUUGGAGGAACAAUAGAAAUGAUUUUGUCCCUUCCCUGAAUGAGUUGUUCCCUCCAAGCAUAGGAAAUGCCCUGAUGCAAGCAACCCAACACAUGAACAGGCUACUCGAGAAUUUGGCACCUUCACGUCUGAUAGGCAGAUUAAAAGAGCAGGACCACUGCUACAAACUCCGCUACGAAAUGCCCGGAUUGACCAAAGAGGAUGUGAAGAUCUCAGUUGAAGAUGGGAUCUUAUCCAUAAGAGGAGAGCACAAGGAGGAGGAGGAGGAAGGCUCAGAUGAUGAGCAUUGGUCAGCUACAAGCUAUGGGUACUAUGACACAAGCCUCUUGUUGCCUAAUGAUGCCAAAAUUGAAGAAAUCAAAGCUGAGCUGAAGGAUGGUGUCCUCACCAUCAUUAUACCCAGGAAUGAAAAGAAGGGGAAAGAUGUGAAGGAGGUUCAGAUCCAGUAAUCCACUGAUUCUGAGUGGGUGAAUGUGACUUUUUGAAAUGGGGUGUUUAUAAUGUAAGAGAGUGAGAGACUAAGCAACUUUGGGGUGUUUGAAAUUAAAAUAAAGCUUGUUGGGUUUGGACUUUUCACUGUACAGCUCGUCAUAUGUUAAUUUUCUGAAUGCAAUGUCUCAAGCUUUGUAUUUUC